CUGCAACCGUAUGAAGGAAGACGACUAUUUAGUGAAAUUUCUACAUUUCCCUGAGGAUUAACUGCUCUGUAACUUACCAAGAACUAAAUCAAAAUGAAUGGAAGCGGAGAUGGAUCACAAAAUAACCGUAAUGGCCGACAGGUUAACCCAGAAAUGUUUCCAAGAGGAGAUCAGGAGCCAGCUUACGAACCUGUUGGUGGAAUCUGGGGUUUACUGGAAAGACUUUAUGUUACUCUCUAUGAUAUCUUUUUUUGGAGGCUGACUGAGCUACUAGAUGAAUUAGAGGAUCGAUAUGAUGUCUUAUAUAUUGACUUUCACAAUGUCAAUGACGGCAAUGUCAACAAUGUAAACAAUCACAAUAUUAAUGUGAGAGACAAUGAUGCCAAUGUUGACAACAAUGAACUGCAUGAUGAUCAUAAUGCUGUUGUUGUUGUCGGCAUUGAAAAUGACGAUUCUGAUGAGGCAUUUGAAGACUGUGAGGAUGUUCACCCGUACAUCCCAGAAGAGGAUCCUCAGCCAGGUGUAUCCAGGAAGAGGUCUAGAGAGAUGGAUGUGGAAGAUGUGGAGCCCAACAAAAGAAUCAGAUGGAGCGAGGAGUUUUCUGAUGAUGACUCUGACUUCAUCUCUGCCUGUGAUACUGAUAGCGAGGGCUGUCCUCAUCUUGGUAAUAUUGCUGAUGAGGUACCGCUGUUUGUUGGAUCCACGAAAAGGUCCAGAAAGGAAGAUGGAGAUGAAGAAGAGCCUAAUAGCAAAAGAUCCAGGCUCGCAAACUCUGAUUCGGGGACCAGCUCAAUUGUGUAUGAUCACUCUGAGAGCAGUAGUGAUGAACUCUUUGAAGAUGCCCAUGAAGAGACUGACAACCAUGAAACUGGAGGCUCGAGGAAAAGGUCCAGAGAGGAUUUGGAAGAAGAAGAGGAAUGCUUGCACGUUUGCAAAUUUCGGAGGUGUUCAAAUGAGUCCACCAGCACCCGUGAUGACAACUAA